AAAGUUAAUGCCUUAAAUUGUUAUAUCUGUGCUGAAGAUGGUUUAGAUGAAGAAGGUGAAUGUAAAGAUUCUUUUCCUUUUAGCUGUAAUGGUUAUGCUAAAAGAUUUUCUAAAGAUCAAAAAAUGUUAUGUCGAACAACUAGACAUAAAGCACUUAAUGGUACAUUUACUGUAGUAAAGGAAUGUAUAAUAGAAAAUGCUCAUUAUGCCACAUUUGAGAGAAAACCACAAAAAACUGAGAUUGACUGUGAUAUUCAAUUAUUAGAAGGGUUUGAAGUUGCUUAUUGUAUAUGUAAUACUUCUCUUUGUAAUUAUCCUUCUAUUGGAGAACAAUUUGCUGAGUUUGAACAAAAAAAUCCAGAAUUGUUUGAUGAUGUCUCUGUUGAAACAACAGAAUUAAUGCCUGAUAUAAAUAAAAAUAAAGAGGAAAUAGAAGAAAAUGAAGAAGAAAAACAAUUAGAAAAUCAAACAACUUUUAAUCCAAAAAUUGAAGAAAUUGGAGAAAGAUCAAAAGAAUUAUUUCCUGUUAAUAAUCAAAAAAUUAGAGAAGAAGAGUUAGGAAAAGAAUUAUUGUCUUCAACAACUAUUGAAACUAUAAAGAGAGAAGAAGAUUUUAUAAAUAAUGAAUGGAAUAAUGAAGAAAAUGAAAAAGAAGAAAUAAUAAAACAAAAUAAUUUAUUAACAACCCCAAAAAUUUCAACAAAAUUAUUUACAAAAAAUUUAAUUAUAGAAAGGCCCAAACAACAAAGCCUUGAAGUUGAUAAUACACCUUUAAAUGGGGAUAUUUUGGCAUCUGGAGCUCAAUUGGGGUUAUUGCCAGAAUUACAAUGUAUGCAAUGUAAAGAAGAAACAAAUAAUACAAAAAUAAAUGCAGAAUGUCAUUCCCAAAUAGUUGUUAGUUGUCCAGAUUUAAGUAAACAAAUAAAUGGAAUUGGCAGACCUUUUUGUAUAACUAGACAUUUUUGGAUUGAACCGGGAGGUAAUUUAACAAUAGAAAAGAAUUGUUUGACAGAAAGAAAAAUACUUGAAGAAUACGGAAGUUAUAAAACUGUUGAUUUAUUGAAUGGGGCAAAUAGGGAUGAGGCAGCUUGUUUAGAUUUUAGGCCGUCUUUGUCCGGUCAACAACAAAGACUUUGUGUUUGUUCUUCUCCUCAAUGCAAUAAAGUAUCUCUUUCUGAGCAGAUGUCUUUUGGAAUUCGUAAAAUAGCUGAACUUGAUGAAAUAGAAAAUAAACAAAAAACAAAUAAAAUACAAACAAUUAAAACAACAGAAAAAAUAAAAGAAACAACAGAAAUACCUUUAGAGGAAGAAAUAAUCGAAGCUUUAAAUUGUGCUGUUUGUGUAGAUAAUGAAUUGAAUGAUGCAAAUGCUGAUUGUCGAACUGUUAGAACAAUUAAUUGUGCUAAACAAUUAACUAACAAUGAAAAACAAUAUUGUAUAACAAGACAAACACAAAACAGUAAAGGUUUUAAAUUAAUUGAAAAAAAAUUUUCUUUUCAAAAUUUUUCUAAAGAUUCUUUUAUUGUUGAGAAGGGUUGUAUGUCAAAAACUCAAUUCUCAUUACUUUUUCCUGAUGAAAUUUCCGAACAAAAUAUUGGAAAUGAAUUACUUUUAGGUUGUGCAUCUACACAUAAUGGUUUUGUUAAUUAUUGUAUUUGUGAUAGCCAAAUGUGUAAUAGAUAUGGAAUUGCUCAACAAGCAGAAACUAGUAGAAGAAUAACCUCCUCAACAAAUCUAUAUAAAACAUCCACUAAACAAUUAUUCCCCUCAACAUCCACACCUCCCCCUCCUACAACAACAACAACAACAUUAUUACCUACUACAACUGAACAAAUAAUUUCAACAAAAUCCUUCUUUGAUGAUUACACAACAAAAGAAAAUAAUAAUAAAAUAAUAAAAGAGGAAAAAGAAGAAAUUAAUAUAAAAAUAAUUCCAAAAGAAAAUAUUAAUGAAAUAUCAAAAAUAAACACAACAUCAACAGAAUUUCCUUUAAAAAUUUUAAAAACAACUACAACAAAUAAUUUAGAUGAACGAUUGGAAAAAUGGAAAAUAAAUACCCAAAAAAAUAAUAAAUUACAGUCUAGAAAUAUUUUUGAAGAAGAAAAUAAUGGAACAAUUAAAAGAAUUUUAAUGCCUUCAAUAUUAAUUAUUUCUUUUUUUAUUAUUGCUUUUAUGUGCCUUUAA